UCAAAUAUAGUAUCUAACCCUAAUAUUCAUAGGUUCCAACUGAAAGGUGCGAUUCUUGAGGGAGGAAUUCCAUUCGAUAGGGUUCAUGGCAUAAAUGCUUUCGAAUAUACUGGUUUGGACCCCAAUUUUAAUCAGGUUUUUAACAAAGCUAUGCUCAACCAUACUGCAAUGGUUAUUAAGAAGAUCCUCGAAUGCUACAAGGGCUUCGAGACACUCAAGCAAUUGGUCGAUGUUGGCGGUGGUCUAGGAGUUUCUCUCAACUUUAUUACUUCCAAGUAUCCCCAUAUUAAGGGCACUAAUUUCGACUUGCCUCAUGUUGUACAGCAUGCCCCACCAUAUCCGAGUGUGGAACAUGUAGGAGGGGAUAUGUUCAAAAGCGUUCCUAAAGCAGACGCAAUAUUUAUGAAGUGGAUACUUCACGAUUGGAGUGACGAACACUGCGUGAAGCUUCUGAAAAACUGCUAUGCAGGAAUUCCAAACGAUGGGAGUGUAAUAGUUGUGGAGGCAGUUCUUCCCAAGAUGCCCGAGGUUAUCACUUCUAUGAGAUUCACCUCACAACUUGGUGUGCUUAUGCUGACUCAAAUCCCAGGAGGAAAGGAAAGGACCGAAGAAGAAUUCAUGGCCUUGGCAACCAAAGCUGUUUUCAAAGGCAUCAGAUAUGAAUGCUUUGUUUUUGGUUUCUGGCUCAUGGAGUUUUUUAAAUAGUCGAUUUCUUUCUUGUAAUAUUCGGAAAUGCAUCCCUCAUCAACACUGAAAUAAAACGCCAGUAUAAAGGUAAGUUCCCGUGAUA